UUGCUCCCAGCGGUAGCACAGAAGAAAAGUAGUCCAUUGAAAAUUCAUUCCGUUCAGCUGAGCGUUUCGUGAUCGGCUUUUUUGUGGAUGGUGCUGCUUUUCUUGUUGUUGAGUGUAUGCGUGUGAUUGGCGAGGGAGAGGGUGUGAGUGUCUGUGUGACUGCCCUGUUCCACCUACGACCGCAGUCAGCUGAUACUUGGCCCAAGCGUGACGGCCACUACUGCCACUAGUACAUAGUGUGGUGGCAGUAACUAACUAAAAAAAUAAUUACUUCCCCUGUAACACUGGCGCCUCAGUAACAAGUUUGUGACCUCCUCGGUUGGAUUCCGCUGCUGCAGCUGACGUUGACCAGUGACCAGUGACCAGUGCAGGACUAACGAGCACAGCAGCAGACAUCUCUUCCAUCGGCUUAGCAUCCCGAAAUCGCAGCUAAACGUCGUCAACCAUGGCCGACCUUUCCUCCCUGGACAUUCCGACGCUGCAAAACAUGAUGAACGAUGCCUCCACGUACGACGAACGUGCAGCCAUUCGCAAAGCAAUUCGAGAGCAGCGCGCUAAAAGCGCACCCAGCAAGACAGAGACCCCGGCCUCCGGACCUAGCUAUUAUCGCUCAGGCACCAGCCGCGCAGCAGCUAGCUCAACGGCGGCGAGCAAGAAACCAGCUAACCAGUAUCAGUUUGUUGGUGUACGUGCAGCUGGUACAACCAGUUCAGCGCUUGGCGAGCGUCGAGUAACUGGAAGGCAAAAUGCCAAGGAUUCAACGGGCAAAAAAGCUGAGGAUAACGAGCUUACAAAUAAUUCGCAGCGUGCACCUCAUGCACAGGAAUCGACCGGCAUCGAGAAAAAGUUUUCCGUCGGGCUGAAAAGCCUGGAUGACGGCAAGAGCAAAUCAGCUGAUGAGAAUCUCUCGCACAAUGCGCCCAGUGAGGAUGUCGGUCAUUCAAAGAUCGAGGAUGCCGUGACAGUGUUGACCAAAGAGGUAGACGAGCCCAACGCUGUCGAAGAGAGUGUUGACGAAGUGGAAGAGGCGAUCAGUCAGGAGGAGUUCGAUCAACAACAGCUGAAGAAUGCCCCUGUCGCCGCACAAGAGGUGGACAACGUCGAUCGGGUUGAACCGGCGAUCGAGCGCCGUGAGGCGCAGCAGUCGGAAGUGGAAGUGGAUAUUGUAGUCACUCACCGGGAUCAUGCUGAUCCCAGUGAUACAGCGGAGCUGGACAUAGGAAAUGCCACUACCGAACAGGGCCAGGAAUCGGACGCGAGCAGCACGGUAUCUCAGGUUGAAUCGCUGGAACGCGCUUCCGAGCGGAGAGACGUCGACAGCGAGCGUAGCAAUCAAAGCAGUGCCUGUGAGUUUGAGGAUGACGAGGAAGAAGAGGCUAUAGAGCGACAGAUCCAAGCCACGCUAAGCUACACGGAACGCAAGGAGCUUCGUGCAAGACUGCGCCAGCUUAGAAAGAGCAGGAAGGAGCGAGGCUCACGUGGAGUAUCUGAAGGCUCAAUAUCUAGCCAUGGCCAGACUUCUGCAGCACCGGUCACGAUCACACCUCGUUCUUCUAAUGUAUCAAAUGAAUCGGUUCAGCCCACCGUCAUUGCAAGUCAUGUCGAGCCUCAAGAAGCAGUAGCGAAGCCGUCGGUUCAGGCACUCGAAGCAACAGAGCAGACGGAUGCUACUCUAGAGGAAGUGGACAGUGGUUGCUGCUUGCUGGUGGACAGCAGCAGUAGCAAGGAUGGUGGGGAGCUAUCGCCUAGCACAGCGGUUGCUGACCUAUCGCCUGCGUUCAGUGAGCGGAGAGAUCUUGAAUCGGCUGAUGCCGGGCAAGAGGACGUCCCGUUUGAUGACACCAGCAGCCAGGCUAGCCAAGCAAGUCAAGCAAGUCAAGCCAGCUCUAUUUCAGAUCCUAGUGAAAGACGAUCGGGCAAGACCUCCAGUGGAGAUGAGACGGGACGAUCAAAGGACAUGAUCUCCUCUGCCCUUGGUCAGAGCGAGGGUGUGUCAGAUUUCCGCACUGUGUUGCGAAAAGGUGCUGGCUCAUCUGCACCUCCAAGCAAGACUGGCAAGGCAAGUGGUGGUGAACAGAAAGAUUUCCGGACAGUGCUGAAAAAGACCGAGGCUCCAUCACCGAAGGUCACUCGAAAGGCUAACUCUGAGAAACCUGCCAAAGCGGAGCAGCAGGACUUCCGCGGCCAGUUGCGCAAGAGUGUCAAGACGAAAGAUCGCUCCAGUGCCGCACCGCGUCGUGAGGAAGCUGCCCAGGAAGACUUCCGGACAGUACUAAAGAAGAGUGAUAGCACUGAUUGCUUGGCAGAGCCAGAGAAGGCUAGCACAACCACUACCAAUGUGACCAGCAGUAAUGGCAUAUGUAGCUCUACUGCCACAAUUGCAGUUAACAUGCCACGUACCAAGAAGGAGCCUGUACCUCCGCCAUCAAUGCGCAGGAAUUCUCCAGAGCAGGUAGAAGCAUCAGUGACAGCAGCACCAGCUAGCGUAGAUGUUGACGAAGCUGACGGACUUAGCUCGUCACGCAUGGCAGUGGCAGCCGAAGAAGAGCACAUUGAAUUGCCCUCGGUGGUCAGCGAAGCUGAACCAUCUGUGAGUGUAAAGCCAGCUGAAGCACCGGAGCCAACCAAGCCAGAGCGAGACCUUCUGUCCGUGGACCCGCUUGAUCCAAGUUUGACCUAUGACGAGAGAAGGGAAAUUCGACGGCUGCAGCGUGAGGCACGCAAGAAGGGAACAUCGAGUGGCAACUCUUCUCACUCAUCCUCACCGGCAAAGACCAGCUCUACCGCGUCCACACAGUCUUACGAGGAACAGCGGAAGCUGAAGGAGGAGGCAAAGAGACAGGAAGAGCUGAUCCGCCGCAAGCAGCGACAGCAAUUCGCUGCACAGCUGAAUUCUGCCUCUCCACAGACUAGCCCGAGCCGUGCCCUCGUGCGCAACUCUGGUCCACAGCAGUUGCUGGAGUGGUGCCGCAGGAGAACCGUGCACUAUGAGAACGUGGAGAUCAAGGACUUCAAAAUGAGCUGGAAAAAUGGCCUGGCAUUUGCUGCUCUUAUGAGUACGUUCUGCCCCGACGACAUACCCUAUGAUGAGCUGUCGGCUGAGUCUGCCGAGCGCAACUUUGAACUGGCAUUUGCAGCCUCUGACAAAGCCGGUCUUCCAGCUAUGCUGGAUGUGGAAGACAUGAUGAUGUGUCGCGUACCGGAUGAGAAGAGCAUCAUGACGUAUGUGUCUUCAAUCUACAAGCACUUCACAUAGACAUACGCACGCUGGUCUAAGCGAGCUUCUCCCUUGCGCAUCUAAUCAGACCCGCCUAUGUGUUGACUGGCUUCUCUCUUGCGCAUCUAAUCAGACCCGCCUAUGUGUGUGUGUGUGUGUGUGUGUGUGUGUGUGUGUGUGUGUGUGUGUAUGUGUGUGUGUGUGUGUGUGUGUGUGUGUGUGUGUGUGUGUGUGUGUGUGUGUAUGUGUUGACUCCGCUGAGCAAGUACUGUAAGAGUCCGUGCAGUGUUCUGCAACUUGAUUUUCCCGCUCCGGCCUCGUCUCUGCCCACUGCUGUACAUAUGAAGUCUGAUUGAGUUAGCUGCUAGAAAAGCGCCGCCAGCAAAGAUUUCUGUUAUCAUUAGCAGCUAGAGAAGCGCAGCCAGCUAGACUACUAAUUACUAAUUAUUGGUGUUCACUGUUCAUGUCUCACAAGUCCGGGUAAUGUUGAGAGUUCGAAGUCUUGACAAGAACAGUGGUCGUUGGACCACAUCUUGCUAAACUCUGCCACAUACCACAAAGUAUUACCUAUAAGCUCUGCUUUAUUAUGCUGGCCGCCACGGCUGCUGCCCUAUGCUGUAACUGUGCAUAGCUGAAUGGUGUAGCGGCAGCUCUCUUUACACGCCCAUUCGUUCCUACACUACGAGACAUGCUUGUCCCGUACAGUGCCAACUGUGUACGGAUCUUCUGUAAACAUUUGAACAUAAUAACACGAUUUGUAGGCUACUACGGUAGGUAAAUGUAAAUGUUAGUUAGACUACUGAUUAGGCUAUUAAAGUAGUAAUGAUCGUUAUUAUGACUAGGCUAAUUAUGACCUUUCAUGAUAAGCUGUAGGCCUGCUGCUCCUGUUUUGGUGGCUAGAAUCCUAGUCGAUCCGGCAGCCGACUACCGACUGCUGAUCAUGCUGAACUUCUUUACAGUUUUAGUUUACGUAGGCACAUUGAUAAUAUUAGAUUACAUGAUUGUACUAGUUUCACUCAGUCAGGGUAUAGCCAAGGAAUACACACCAAUCUACAUGUAUAUCCGAUGCACUAGUAACGCCUCAGUCUUCUUUCCUGAGCAAACCAGCUACGAUCAUUUUCUUCACGUUGUCAUGCGAUCAUGAAUUUGAUUUUUAUUACUCUCCGUCUGAGUGACUCUUAUAUUGGUCCUUAUUAUCGGAACAUGUUUUUACUUGUACAUUGCUGACAGCUCGUGCUUAUGCAUCCCAGUACAUGCACUGGUGUUGCCACAAUCGUUUCAAAAACUGUCACUUUCUCUCCA